CUACAUGUACCAUGUUGAACAAACUACAGUUGCCAUGCAAUGACCAACUGCUACCAUGAUCGCAGGUUGUUACGGUGGAACCACAUCGGCAAACAUCUCAUGGCAAGCUUUACAGUUGCAAGAAAGCGCUAUUGCAGAUAGAGCACAUCAAAUUGGAAUGACAGACCACACAAGAUCGGCACAUGCGGCACAACAAGGACCUUCAACUACAAUUAACAGCGGCGCGGGGACAUCUACUGCGGGGAGCUCUGAGCGCACGGAAGACGCGUUCCACCAGCCAGCCAACACUCAUGCCACAAACAAUGCCGAGUCAGUGUCGAAAAUGGCAAUCGUGCCAGCAAUACCGACAAGCACACAUGUGCACACCAGCACAAGCAACACUCAAGCAGGUGAAACAGCCGUCGAUACUGAAGUGAAUGAUGAAACCGAUGACGAAGCACAAGGGGAUGAAGAUGGUGGGCAAUCAGAAAUCAUGGUACCCCAGCCACCGUAUCUUGGGCAGAGAUUUGAUUCGUUUGCAGAUGCAAAGGAAUUCUACCAGACAUAUGCAAAGUUCCAUGGGUUUGCGGUCAACACCGAAUACCAUAGGAAAAUUAAAAAAAAACUAACGAGUACAGCAGAGGUGAGAUGAGGUGCUACAAGGCACGAAGAAACAAGAAGGGCAAAGGUGAUGUGCAUGUCGUUCCGAAACGAAAGAGAGGUAUCGUUGUCA